AUUCGUAACCAUGGGACCCAAGUCAGAACAAACCAAAUCUUUGGCCUAUUUAAAGGAAUUAACGUUACAUGCAUCAAGAAGACGGCAAUAAGAGAAACCCGCUGCCUGGUGACGCUGCAGCUGCACCAGAGGAUCUCCUCCUGCUGCAUCCUUCGGAGGCUCUGUGCAGCCAGCAGAGAGUCCUCUGACAUCCGCACGGUGGGGAAACCAGCAGAUGCAAAUAUCACACUGGAAAAUGAGUGUGACAGCGCCAUACAAGAGCUGAACGGCUGCACGUUUACUGGAGGACCUGAAGCAUCAUGUCCAAGUGGAACACCCGUGGUCGUGCAGCUGGGGGAGCAGUGUGUCGUCGACCCGCGACCAGACAACGCCACGUCUGCCGAGAGCCAAGCCAACGCGCUGCUGGCGCUGACGGCGGACGUGUCCCAGCUGAACUCCAGCCAGGUGGCCCAGCUGGUGUCUCAGCUGGAGGGCCUCCUGUCGGGCCCCAGCGUCAGCAUGGGGCUGGGCAACACCUCCGUGCACAUCGUCAGCAAUCUGCUGGGCGCCUCCGCCGAGGUGCUGUCUGACUCCUCCGACAGUAUUAUAGGGAUUGUUGACACGGUGGGCUUGAAGCUGGUCCUCGGGGGAGAGGCCGAGACCCUCCUGUCCCCGUCUGUGGCUCUGUCUGUGAAACCAGCAGAUGGCACCAACUUUCAGGAAACCAUCUUCUCCAUCUCAGACCCCAGUAAUGUGCAGGUGCGUGGGGAUCCCAGGCGGGGGCGGAGCCUGAGAGCAGACUCCACCGCCCCCCAGGGCUCCAUCAGGCUGCCUCCAUCUCUCACCCAGGACCUGACUGGAGAGCAGCAGCAACUGGCCACCAGAGUCCAGUUCAACUUCUACCAGGAGAGCACCGUGUACCAGGACAGGUCUCUGAAGGGGGAAAGAAAACUCAACAGUGGGAUCCUCGGAGCGAGUGUGUCCAACCUGUCACUCACGGAACUGCAGGACGACGUCAUAAUUCACCUGAGGAACUCGGAGCCCGUUCCAGCUAAUUUUGUGGCUAUAUGUGUUUACUGGGACUUUACAUUAAAUGACCACACAGGCGGCUGGAAUCCGAGAGGCUGUUCUGUCCGAAACAGCACAGACACUGAGACGGUCUGCGGCUGCAACCAUUUAACCAGCUUCGCCAUACUGCUGGACCUGGGCAGAGACAAUGUGAUCAGUCGUGUGCAGGCCACCAUCCUCACCUUCAUCACAUACAUCGGCUGUGGAAUCUCCGCCAUCUUCCUGUCCAUCACCAUCCUCACCUACUUGGCCUUUGGGAAGUUGCGCAAGGACAUCCCAUCCAAAAUCCUGAUCCAGCUGUGCCUGGCCCUGCUGCUGCUGAACCUGGUCUUCCUGGUGGACGCGUGGCUGGCGCUCUACCCGGACGCAGUGGGCCUCUGCAUCUCCACCGCCUGGUUCCUCCACUACUUCCUGCUGGUCACCUUCACCUGGAUGGGACUGGAGGCCGUGCACAUGUACCAGGCCCUGGUGAAAGUCUUCAAUAGCCACAUAUCGCGCUACAUGCUGAAGCUGUCGCUGGUGGGCUGGGGCGUCCCGAUGAUCGUGGUCAUCAUCGUCAUCGCCAUCGACAAGGACAACUACGGUCUCGUCUCCUACGGGGGGUUCUCCGACGGCACCAGCGAUGGAUUCUGCUGGCUGAAGAACGACAUCGCGUUCUACGUGGCGGUGGUGGCGUAUUUCUGCGUGAUUUUCGUUUUCAACAUCGCCAUGUUCAUCGUGGUGCUGGUGCAGCUGUGUCGGCUGAAGAGGCAGAACCCUCACAACAUGCAGCACCGCACCACGCUGCAGGACGUGCGCAGCGUGGCGGGCAUCAUGAUCCUCCUGGGCCUCACCUGGGGCUUCGCCUUCUUCGCCUGGGGCCCCCUCAACCUGCCGUUCAUGUACCUCUUUGCCAUCUUUAACUCCUUACAAGGUUUCUUCAUCUUUUUGUUCUACUGUGCGGUAAAAGAAAACGUGAGGAAGCAGUGGAGGACUUACCUUUGCUGUGGCCGCAUGAGACUAGCAGAGAACUCAGAAUGGAGCCGCACCGCGACACAGAGGACCACGACGAGGUCGCCGGAGUCCAGAGUGAUAUCCAACAACUCGUCCUCGUCUUUCCUCGCCAGCGACUCAACGGAGCAGGUCAACGGCGUCGUUAACCCAAUCGAUGACAGAGCGAUCACAGCAGAUGAAAACCAGAGUGCGGACGUGGUCCUCAACGAGAUCAACAGCCAGUACAGGAACCAACGGGCGGCCUGACCCACACGGGACAGAACCGUCUGAUGGGGAGACGGUGGAGGAGAAGGCCUGCGGGCUCAUGUGAUGGAGGAGACAACACAUACAGCUGCUGUUCAUUCUGUUACGGUCUCAAAAAAGAAAAUACAUUGCAAGUCUCCUUCAUAAAAACAAUCCGAGGCACACCGUGGGGUUUGUGUGAAAUUAAAAUGCCUUUAUUAUUCGUGGCCACAUUUUUUUUUACUUAAAGGGGCAACGCGUUGCAACCUGUACGCAGGUCUUCAUCAGCAGGAGCGUGCACACCUUUAAGAGCAGAGACAUCUGGAAUAUCACCUCAGCAAUAAUAUCAGAAUAGCAUAAUAACAAAAACAGUAUUUAUUUGGGUGUUAUUGAAGGUUAAGCUUAUUUCAAUUGUAUGUGGGCAUGAACAGAAACAAUUGUGGACCAGGGUAUAGUCGUAAAGUCACAUUGUUUUAAUCAUUUACUCUUUCCCCUCUUUUCUUCACUUCCUUCCAGUUCACCAUCCCUCCCUUUUUUUAUCCUCUCCAUGUCGUUGCGUGUCUUUCUAGCUUUGGACCAAUGGGCUUGCAGCUUGCCUCAGUCUACUGAUUAGUGUAACACAAUAAAUAGGACGCGUUAGUCAUUUUACAUACCAUGCCAUGGAGAAUAAAUGUAUUUUAAUUUACUCAAACCCCAUUGUGAGCCGUGGGUUAUUCUUUUUUAAUCAAUUGCAAUUAAUA